GCCAGCAGGGUUGGAAUUGAAAUGAGGUGGGUACCCGGUGGGCACCACUCUUGCUGAUUGCGGAGGCCUCCCGCAAGGCAGCUAGACUAGUCCUACAACCACUUGGUGACAGGGUACAGAGCCAGUCCUGGAAGAGGCUCGCUAACCGUUUCGGAGAGAAGCUUUAGCCCCCCUGGCCCUGCGGAUGUCAGCGCUCAGACCCCGUGGGGCUGGAGGAGAGGAACCCCAGGCCACAGAGAGUGGGUACGCCACCCGCAGAGGAGCCUAAUUCUUGAGGAGGGAGGGCUUGUCUCCUUCGGGCUCCUCACCUUCAGGAGGGCAAGGUCGGGCCGGGCCAGGACCCGAGCCCGAGGCAGAGCCCGUGGUCGGGCGCCCUCCCAUCCCACGCCACCUGGACCCGCUGUGCCACCUGGAGCCGCCGUGCCACCAACCCAGCAAACUGGCCAAAUUCCUCCUAGCCCCCGGCCACUGCAAGUGAAAAGCCGAGUGCUUCAGCCCGCACAACGAAGAAGGCCAAGAGGAGCAGCUCGGACUCCAGAGGAAACGCAGCUGGCAGCUACAAUGCAGGUGACAUUAUUGAGGGAGAAAAACCGUUUUGGGGGCAUUUUUCGAGACCAUGUGGUGGAUACCCAGCAGUACUUGGACCACGUGAGAGAGUCCACAGCAGGCACGCAGGGUAGACCCGUAAAGCUGUUCACAAACCAUUUCCGAGUGACCUCUCGCCCCCAGCGGGUCACAUAUAAGUACAACAUUGACUACAUGCCAGACAUUGAGGAUGGAAAAGUUCGUUCAGAACUGCUUUUGCAGCAUGAAGAGUUAAUUGGAAAGUGCCAUAUAUUUGAUGGAAGCUCUUUAUUAUUACCCGCAAACUACUAUCACCGGUUAAGUACUAAAAUGGAAUUGGUCAGCAUGUUGAAAAAACAGAUUGUGAAGGUGACCAUCGAAUUCACCAGUGAACUCAUGCCUACCUCGCUGGACUGUUUACACUAUUACAACAUUCUCUUUAGAAGAAUUUUGAAGAUGAUGGAAUUGGAGCAAGUUGGUCGCAACUACUAUAACAAGCGUGAGGCCACUGAGUUCAGCGAUCAUAAGCUGGUGAUCUGGCCUGGAUACGUGACUUCUAUUCUUGAGUACGAAACCAGCAUCACCCUCUGUGCUGAUGUGAGCCAUAAACUGUUCCGAAUGCAAACGGCUUAUGGUUUAAUAUCGGAUCUUCGCAAUGGCUUCCCCAAAAACCAAGAGCUUCGGGAGCAAGUUUCUAAACAAUUAGUCGGAUCAGUUGUUUCUACAAUAUACAACAACAAAACCUAUCGGGUGGAUGCUAUUAAAUGGGACGAGACUCCCAGAACUACAUUUAAAACAGCAGAUGGCGCUGAAAUCACCUUUGUAGAGUACUACAAAACACGAUAUGAUCAAGUGGUCACUGAACUGAAUCAGCCACUCUUGAUCAGCAAAGGCAAAUGGAAAAAGAGCCAGCAGGACACGCCCCAUGAGCCUGUACUGCUGGUUCCUCAGCUGUGCAGCCUGACAGGUCUAACAGAUGAGCUGCGCAAAAAUUACAAGGUGAUGAGAGACUUGGCUCUUCAUAUGAGAAAUAAGGAGAUACAACAGGAACUUCAACCCUGGGAUUUGAAAUUUGAUGCGAGCUUCUUGUCUUUCUCAGGAAGAAUCUUGAAAGAAGUAAGAAUUUUUCAAGGAAGAGGAGCGUUUGACUCCCACCCACAAUUUGCAGAUUGGUCAAAAGAGACCAGAAGCGGACCCUUACUCAAUGUGAAGUCACUAGAUCAUUGGCUCCUACUCUAUCCUACAGGAAACUGCAGGGCAGCCUCCUCCUUUCUCCAGAGUCUACGGAGACGUGGCGUCCAGUUCUCCUAUCGCUGUGGUUGCAUCCUGGACGGUCUCAUUUUGCUUUCUUUUAAGGUCGUUUGCGUGCUGUCCAGUGAAAAGAAAGACCUGUAUGAUAGCAUAAAACAAUACCUGUGUGUCAGUUGCCCGAUCCCAAGCCAGUGUGUCAUCUCACGGACCUUAGACAAACCCCAGACGCUGAUGACCAUUGCGACAAAGAUUGCCUAGCAGAUGAACUGCAAGAUGGGAGGAGCCCUCUGGAAGGUGGAGACAGGAUUACAGAAUGCGAUGUUCGUUGGUAUCGACUGUUUCCAUGACAUUGUAAAUCGGCGGAAGUCGAUUGCAGGCUUUGUGUCCAGCAUCAAUCAAGAAUUGACACAGUGGUUCUCUCAGUGCGUCUUCCAGGAAUUGGGACAGGAGCUUGUGAAUGGGCUGAAAGCCUGCUUGGAAGCGUCCCUGAAGCUCUGGUGUAGACAUAACCUGUUUCUGCCACAAGCGAUCAUUGUGUACCGGGAUGGAGUGGGGGACGGUCAGCUUCAAGCACUGCUGGACCAUGAAGUACCACAGAUCGAGUCCUCCUUAAAAUCUGUGUACCCCAGAGACUCGGGGGUCAAACUAACUUUCAUUGUGGUGAAGAAAUGAAUAAACACCAGAUUUUUUGUAGAGUCUGAAGGAAGACUUCGAAACCCACUUCCAGGAACAGUUACUGAUGUGGAAGUGACCAAGAGGCAAUGGUAUGAUUUCUUUAUCGUGAGUCAGUCUGUGAAAGAUGGUGCCGUCACUCCCACUCAUUACAAUGUCAUCCACGACACGGUUCGCUUCAGCCGGAUAGGAUACAGCAUCUCACUGACACAACUGUGUCACGUGUAUUAUAAUCUGCCAGGUGUCAUUCGAGUUCCUGCCCCUUGUCACUAUGCCCACAAACUGGCUUACCUUGUGGGCCAGAGCAUUCACCAGGAGCCACACCUGGCAAGCCGCCUCUCCUACCUGUGA